UGUCACCUGAAUUGUGUAGUGGGUAUCGCGGUAGCGGUAGUGGGCAUAGCUUGGCAAAAUGGCUGCUUUAAUGAAAUAUAGAAAAUUAUCGGCUAAAAUACUCGAGGCGAAUAUACCGCUUAUUCAAGUCAGACAUUACGAUAAAAUAGAUAACCAGGAAGACCUUACAGUAAGAUAUGCAAGAUUACUUUGGACUCCUGACAUGAAGGAGUUCUUACCAGAACCGACUCCAAGAACACUAUUCGGUAGGAAAAGAGCAGCAGAGAAAUAUGGUUUGCAUGUAAUGGAAUACAAGCCUAGCGAAGGUAAAGGAGAUUAUCCAGAUUUACCAAUGAAAGGUGUCGAAGCACAAGAUCCAUAUUAUCCAUGGGACUUCCCUGCUCUAAGGAGGAAUUAUGGACAAUGUAUACAUUAUGAUUUUGACUUGAUGGGAGUUGAUCGGUUCGCAUAUGGUGUUCGCUCGCAUUACGAUUAUUACAAGUGUUCUGCGAUAUUUAUAAUCUUGUAUAUUUUCAUGGUGUUUGUUACUCCUGAGAUCUUUCCUAAUACUAAACCAAUUUUUGUUCGCCCACAGUUUCCAUAUGAUGGAAAAGUACAUUAUACCUUUGAACCUGCUCGUUAAAGCUGUAGUUAUAAUAAAGUAGUAAUAAUAAAGUAAAAAUUGGUAUAAUGAGGAAUAUAUAAUAAAUAUAAUAAAUAAGUAGCUUAAA